UGUGUAAAGAUGGUGGAUUUUGGGGAAAUUCUCAAGACCAUCGGAGACUUUGGCUUCUUCCAAAAGCUUCUUCUACUUGGGUUGGCUGCUCCGCAUUUUUUGCUCCCAGUAUUCUUCUGCAGCUUUCUUUUUAUCCAAUCUGAUCCAGAGAGACACUGUAACACAGACUGGAUCCUCAGAACUGCUCCUAACCUGACUAUGGAGGAGCAGCUGAACCUCACUCUGCCCCGGGAGGAGGAUGGGAGCUUCAGCAGGUGCCGGAUGUUCGUCCCUGUGGACCAGGACAUCCAUGACAUCAGGAAGCAUGGACUCAAUGAAACCUCAGCAUGCAUAAAUGGAUUUGUGUACGGGAGCAUGCUGUACGAGUCCACCGUAGUUACUGAUUUUGAUCUUGUCUGUGAGAAGUCUACCAUGGCUGAAGUUACACAGACUAUCUUCAUGACGGGUAUGCUCGCAGGCUCAUUCAUCUUUGGACCAGUUGCAGACUCGUAUGGACGCAGGAGAACCACCCAAGUCCCAGUGGUCCUCAUAAUAAUAUUUGUCAUAGUUGCUGGUGUUUCUCCAAAUAUUCAUGUUUACAAUGUGUCCCAGUUCAUUGUUGGAGCUGCAGUUGGAGGAUAUAGGAUGAACUCUAUCGUGUUAGCUACAGAAUGGAUUGGGAUCACUAAAAGGUCCCUUGCCUCCUGUGUGAGCCAGGUGUUUGGGAGUUUUGGACAGUGUGCCAUUGCUGGUCUGAUCUACGUUGUCCGUGACUGGAGGAAAGCUCAGUACAUCAUGGCAGGGGCAGAGGCUUUGGUGUUCCUCUACAUAUGGUGGAUUCCUGAAUCGGCAAGGUGGCUACUGGGACAGGGGAGACCUCAUGAAGCCAAGAAACUGAUCCGAAAAGUUGCAGCAAUGAAUAAAAAGGAAAUCCCAGAGAACCUUCUUGACAAGGUAAGCGAGGAGAAAAAAGUAGAAAGUGGAGGCAUCAAAGCUAUUUUUACCUCAGCAGUGCUGAUAAAAAACUUAUUCAUUAUAUCAUUUGCCUGGUUUGCAUUAAACCUGGGCUACUUCUGCCUCGUUCUGAAUGUGGGCAAGUUUGGUCUGAACAUCUUUCUGGUCCAGUUUCUGUUUGGGAUUUCAGAAGUACCUGCACAUCUCCUCUGCAUCUGGUUUUUGGAGUUUUUAGGAAGAAAAAAAUCCCUGAUAUUAACACUCCUCAUUGCAGGGGUUGUUUGCCUUUCAACCCUGGCUUUUCCUCAAGACAGUGCUGUUGCCACCACAGCCCUGGUAACCACAGGGAAAUUCUUUUUGAACUGGGCCGGCUCAGUGUGUUUGGUUUACAUUCAAGAGCUGUUUCCUACUUCUAUCAGGCAAACUGCUGUGUCCUUGGGCUCCAUAGCCUUUAGAGUUGCAGGUUUGCUGUCUCCCUUGCUCAACAUGUUGGCUGUGUACCACCGCUCCAUACCCAUCAUAGUCUUUAGCAGCCUGGCUGUGCUCAGUGGAGCUCUGGUCUUCCUGCUUCCUGAGACCAGCAGGAAAGAUCUUCCUGAUUCAACCAGUGAUGGCAAGAGCAACGGGGAUCUGACCAACGAGAAGCUUGAAAGCGACAUCUUCAUGGCUGAAAUCAAAAAAUCCACCAAACUCUAAAUGAAACAGGAAACCUUUUUCUUGGAUCUUAAGUUUUACUGUGUGCUAACAACUGUGAGCUGGUUUAGAAAUGUCUUGGAAAUUUAUUUUUCUGCAGCACAGUGAACAAACAUAUUUUUGUGUUGGACAAACAAUCUGUUCUGCAUAAUGAGUUUUUUAUGAAAGAAUAAUUAGGAAACACUGAGCUGAACAAAGACAAAACAUGCAAA